CUUAUUUGUCAUCAUGGAGCUGCUCCACCCAGCCUUCUCUAACUGCUUCCUGCUGACCUGGGUCAGCUUAUGGAGUGCUAUUCCUGAAGCUCACGCUGUGUCCAUGGGGACGCCAGGCAUCAGUGCGGCCUUUUUCCUGCAGGACCUCCUGCAUCGCUACGGGGAGGGUGACAGCCUCACCCUGCAACAGCUCAAGGCCCUGCUCAACCACCUGGAUGUGGGCGUGGGCAGGGACAAUGUCACCCAGCCCGUGCACGGACAGAGGAACCUCUCGACGUGCUUCAGUUCUGGAGACCUCUUUGCUGCCCACAAUUUGAACAACGAGUCACGGAUUGGAAGGACUGAGUUCCAGGAGUUCUGCCCCGCCAUCCUCCAGCAGCUGGAUUCCCGAGCCUGCUCCUCUGAGAACCAGGAGAACGAGGAGGAUGAGCAGACAGAAGAGGGGAAGCCGAGUGCCAUCGAAGUGUGGGGCUUUGGCUUCCUCAGUGUUUCCCUGAUUAACCUGGCCUCUCUCCUGGGAGCCCUCGUCCUGCCGUGCACGGAGAAAGCCUUUUUCAGCCGUGUGCUCACAUACUUCAUCGCCCUGUCCAUUGGAACGCUGCUCUCUAACGCGCUCUUCCAGCUCAUCCCAGAGGCUUUUGGCUUCAACCCUCUGGAAGAUUAUUAUGUCUCCAAGUCUGCAGUGGUGUUUGGGGGCUUUUAUCUUUUCUUUUUCACAGAGAAGAUCUUGAAGAUGCUUCUUAAGCAGAAAAAUGAGCAUCAUCAUGGACAUAGCCAUUAUGCCUCUGAGACACUUCCUUCCAAGAAGGACCAGGAGGAGGGCGUGACCGAGAAGCUGCAGAAUGGGGAUCUGGACCACAUGAUUCCUCAGCACUGCAGCAGUGAGCUGGAUGGGAAGGCCCCCGCGAUGGACGAGAAGGUCAUCGUGGGCUCACUCUCCGUCCAGGACCUGCAGGCUUCCCAGAGUGCCUGUUACUGGUUGAAAGGCGUCCGCUACUCUGAUAUUGGCACUCUGGCCUGGAUGAUCACCCUGAGCGACGGCCUCCACAAUUUCAUUGAUGGCCUGGCUAUCGGUGCCUCCUUCACCGUGUCUGUUUUCCAAGGCAUCAGUACCUCAGUGGCCAUCCUCUGUGAGGAGUUCCCACACGAGCUAGGAGACUUUGUCAUCCUGCUCAAUGCUGGCAUGAGUAUCCAGCAGGCUCUCUUCUUCAACUUCCUUUCUGCCUGCUGCUGUUACGUGGGUCUGGCCUUUGGCAUCCUGGCUGGCAGCCACUUCUCUGCCAACUGGAUCUUUGCACUGGCUGGAGGAAUGUUCUUGUACAUCGCUCUGGCUGAUAUGUUCCCUGAGAUGAACGAGGUCAGCCAAGAGGAUGAAAGGAACGGCAGCGUCUUGGUCCCCUUCGUCAUCCAGAACCUGGGCCUCUUGACUGGCUUCACCAUCAUGCUGGUCCUCACUAUGUAUUCGGGACAGAUCCAGAUCGGGUAGGGCCCUGCCAGGAGCCAGCGGGAUUGGAAGCUGGCCCUCGGCCGCCUGGUCCCUGGCCCUCGGCCGCGGUGCCCACGAUGCACCAGACUGUGACACGGACUGUACUCCUGCAUUCACAUGUCAGCUGUUUUUACACAUGCUCUGUCCUAGGAAUAAGCCGCCCUGGCAACCAGGCUCUAGGUAGUGCCUCUCCCUCCCUCUCCCUUCUUUCUCAAAGUGACCCUGGAACCGGAAUGCAGCUUCCUUAGCAGGCAAGCCUCACUUUUUUCUCUGGCUACCCUGGCCUCUUUCUCCUCAAACCAGCAGCGAGAGAUUUUGCGUCCUUGCCCUACGAUGCAGAAACACUGCCAGUGCUUGUGACUUGGGUAGCAGUAGCAGGAGGUGAGUCUCUGGUUGCAGGGCCCCUGAAUCUAACUGUGUGUCCUGGACCUCAAGAUGACCCAUUUUGAAAUAAAUUCACCUGUUUUUCCAGAGAAAAGGUACAGGAAGCAAGAAUCCCUCCUAUUUUUUCAAAGUCUGUCCAGUUGCCUGGUUUUUCAGAGAGAACUGAAAGUUGGAACACGUCGUGUAGGGCAAGAGAGGAGGCAAGGAUCAUCCUGGGGUUGGGGGGGCGGAUAGAAGUGAUGGCUGUGUCCCUG